CCUGCUUUCGUUACAUUGAUCCAUGCUAACACAUUCCCUUUGUUGUGAUUAACCGUUUAGCGGUUGUGAUUCCGCUGUAAUCAUUUCUGUCAAGAAAGUUGCCGUUGAGAUAACAUAGAGGAUGAGUGGCGGAGUGUAUGGAGGCGAUGAGGUGGGAGCUUUGGUGUUCGACAUUGGCUCAUACACUGUUAGAGCUGGCUACGCAGGAGAAGACUGUCCCAAGGCGGACUUCCCCACGGUGAUAGGUGUGACCAUUGACCGAGAGGAUGGCAGCACGCCAAUGGAAACGGAUGGCGAAAAGACUAAACAGAGUGGCACCACCUACUAUAUUGAUACCAACCAGCUGAGGGUACCCAGGGAGAGCAUGGAGGUCAUGUCUCCGCUCAAGAAUGGCAUGAUUGAGGACUGGGACAGUUUCCAGGCCAUUUUGGAUCACACCUACAAGAUGCACUUCAAGUCUGAACCCAGCCUGCAUCCAGUGCUCAUGUCAGAAGCAUCGUGGAACACACGAGCGAAACGCGAGAAGCUGACAGAGCUGAUGUUCGAACAUUACAACAUUCCUGCCUUCUUCCUCUGCAAAUCUGCUGUGCUCUCUGCCUUUGCCAAUGGGCGGUCUACAGGCUUGGUCCUGGACAGCGGAGCCACACACACCACAGCAAUUCCAGUGCAUGAUGGCUACGUCCUGCAGCAAGGCAUCGUCAAAUCGCCCCUGGCUGGAGACUUCAUGAGCAUGCAGUGUAGGGAGCUUUUUCAAGAUUUAAAUGUUGAAAUAAUCCCGCCGUACAUGAUUGCAUCAAAGGACGGAGUGCGAGAGGGAUCACCAGCCAGCUGGAAGAAAAAAGAGAAACUACCUCAAGUCACCCGCUCAUGGCACAACUACAUGUGUAAUUGUGUGAUCCAGGACUUCCAGGCAUCUGUGCUGCAGGUGUCAGACUCGCCAUAUGAUGAACAGGUUGCUGCACAGAUGCCCACAGUGCACUAUGAGCUGCCCAACGGAUACAACGCUGACUUUGGGGCUGAGAGGCUGAAGAUCCCAGAGGGGCUGUUUGACCCCUCUAAUGCCAAGGGCCUGUCUGGAAACACCAUGUUGGGAGUUGGCCAUGUGGUGACGACCAGCGUGGGAAUGUGUGACAUCGACAUCCGGCCGGGUCUGUAUGGCAGUGUGGUGGUGACCGGAGGAAACACGCUCAUUCAGGGCUUCACAGACCGACUGAACAGAGAACUCUCCCAGAAAACCCCUCCGAGCAUGAGGCUGAAGCUGAUAGCUAACAACACUACAGUGGAGCGCCGGUUCAGUGCCUGGAUAGGAGGCUCCAUCCUGGCAUCACUCGGAACCUUCCAGCAAAUGUGGAUCUCCAAACAGGAGUAUGAGGAGGGAGGAAAGCAGUGUGUAGACAGGAAGUGCCCUUGAUUUGACACCCAACUGCAAACCUCUCCCUCACACUCUUCGCCACAAGCUCAACAUCAUGAGUUCACCUCUGGCCCCGAACUCAGGAACACCCACGAUGAUCACUCUUGUUUUGUAUGCUUUUGUUUUAAAAAAUAGUUUGUCAAUAUGCCGCCUGUCUGGGAUUUAUUGUGAAAAUCAGUCAUAAACGUCUACAAAGUAAACUGUCACUAUGAUGAAAGAUGGUUUGAGUUCCAUUGUUUGUCAUUACAGUCAAGUCUGUUGCCUUUUUUCUAGAUAAAAGUUUUGUGGAAACCUUGCAUCUUCAAAAACAAACUAUUGUCCAUGUUUUUUCUCCCACUUCAGACAAUGUCUGACAUGUUAUAAGGAUCAUUAAAUAUCAAUGUGUAGGUUCUAAAUCAAAUUUUUUAUUGCAAUGUGGAAAAAACACAAUUUGCUCUGAAAGGUUUUUACAGAAUACUGAAAAUGUGGGCGGUGUGUAUUUGGAGGAAGGAUCAUUUCUUCUGUUCAUAAGCCUUUUUUUGUGUAGUAAGUAAACUCAAAGGCAAAGGCCAGCCAGUUCUUGCCUCUGCUUAUUUGUGUCAACGCAAAUAAAUCUGUAUUUAAUUUUGUUUGU